AACAUUCUCCCUCUGGAAAAACUUUCUUUCCUUCCGCACUUUGUCUCUCAUUCGCUCAACAUCACUCAAAGAACAGUCAAUGAUGGAGGAGGGCAUGUAUGAAAUACAGUACGGAGGGACAUGCUACGGAGAUGAACCUCCUAACCAUCAUCAUCAUCAUCAGCAGCAACCUCCUCCAUUGAUUGCCGAUGGCGGUUACAACCACCACCCUGAUCACCGAGAGGGUUUCCCUGCGGGGUCCGUGGUGUAUGGGCCGGGCGGCGGCCCCUGGAUGCAGCUGCAGCCGGGUAGUUCAUCGGCGGCGGUGUCCGACGCUGCAUCAGGCAUGGUGCUGGAGGCGGGGGAGGAAGAUAGUUUAUCAGUGGCGAUGGCUCGAGCUAAGAUUGCAGCUCACCCUCUGUACCCUAAACUCCUCCAGGCUUAUAUUGAUUGUCAAAAGGUGGGUGCGCCAGCUGAGGUGGCCGAUGUGCUGGAAAGAAUCCGGCGUGAGAACGAGGAUUACGGUACAACAGAUAACCACUGCUUGGGUGCCGAUCCCGAACUGGACGAGUUCAUGGAAGCAUACCAUGACACGUUGAUGAGGUACAAGACUGAUCUUUCGAGGCCUUUCGAGGAGGCGACUUCCUUCUUGAAGAAAAUCGAGAACCAGCUCAACACACUCUGCAGUGGUUCUUCCACAAACUGUGCCUCAGUUGGGACAGAUGAUAAUAAGGAGUACUGCUGCACUGGAGAUUCAUCGGAGGAUGAUGACCUAAGCGGAGGAGAGAUCGAUACUUCGGAGUGCUACCGAACCAGGGAAGAUAGGGAGCUGAUGGACAAGCUCAUGCGCAAGUACAGUGGAUACAUCAGCGCCCUGAAGCACGAGUUCUCAAAGAAGAAGAAGAGGGGAAAGCUGCCCAAACAAGCUCGGGACAUUUUGCUCGAGUGGUGGAAUGUUCAUUACAAGUGGCCAUACCCGACGGAAGUCGACAAGGUAGCUCUAGCAGAGUCGACGGGGUUGGACCAGAAGCAGAUCAACAACUGGUUCAUCAACCAGAGGAAGCGCCACUGGAAACCUUCCGACCACAUGCACUUCUCUCUGAUGGAGUCCCUCUAUGGUCCCUUCAUUCCUUCCUGAUAAUCGUCAAUCAUCAUCAUCAUCACAUAUAUAUACACAUAUGUAUAUGAAAUUUAUGUAUGUAUUAAUUUCAGACUUUAUAUUUACACAUUAUAUAUGCUCUUAUGUAUAAGAUCUAUGGCGUAUAUUUUCCUGUAUAAUAUUUUGAACAUAAACUCCUACCACAUCAUGUCCUUGUAUUGCUGAUUAUUUCGCACCUGCUGUUAAUUA